AUGUUUAUAGGCCUUCAUUUAUUUCCUGAGUUGAUAGAUGAUAAGUUAUGUCCUGUUGAUGACCUCCUUAUUGAGAUUGUACUGUCCAUCUAUUCUCCACUGGCCAUCACCAUCUCUAGAGCAAUCAGUGCAAUAUUCUCAGUUGAAGUUGCUGCAUUUCUUCCAUAUUUAUUAAUAUAUGUUGGGUUGGAUAGAGCUGUACUGUCAGUGUUAUGUCAGUCAAUUGUUUUAUUAAUAAUAUCACAAGUACCAAAGAGACUACUGUGGAGGUUCAGACCAUACAUGAUCAACAGGGCUAAGAUAGGGUGCAGUGAUAAGACCUCCUCAUUCCCAGCUAGGACUGUUACUUGUGGAGUUGUGUUCACUUAUAUAUUCCAUUUAUCAUAUCUGUCACUGAAUGAUCCUACCAAUGAUGGACUCUUCAUAUUCUAUAUGAUGAUCACUAUACUCUAUGUGGUAAUACCAUUUAUCACUACUGUCAGUAAGGCAGGCCCACUACUUCAGUGACUGUGAA